CGCUAACGACGACCCCUGCCACCACAACAAACAGUCAACACGGCCGUCAGCCCUGCAACACCAACGUACAUCUCGACUUGCGCGCGCCUGCACUGCAUAUUAGCGGCUGUGCCCCCAUCGCAGCAUCAUUGCGACAACCUGACUCUACUAUGGCCCACGACCAGGGCAUGUUCUCGGUCCAGCGACCGCGCCAGACAUUAGGACCCAUAAACAACAACUCCUCCGCCAUUCCCAUGCCCUCGUCGGCCAUGAAGCGCUCCAGUUCCGUACACCAGAUGCAGCAGGGCUCGCAGUUUGGCAACAACCAUGCGCGCUCGCAGUCGGGCGGCCGCAUGUCGCUGGCGCCCGGGCGGCCCAGCCAGCCGCUCUUUGCGCGCUCGUCGUCGGGCACAAACCUCGCUGAAGGCUUCCCCUCGGUGCAGCGCCAGUCCAUGGGCGCCUUCGGUGGAGCCAGCAGCGGGCGCAAGAGCUAUGCGCCAGGCUCUGCGCUCUUCCAGACUCCUGCGCCGCCUGCCGGACCAGACUUCGAGCAGAGCGCCCAGCGACGCAGCAGCGUCUUCAAGGGGCGCACGUCGCACGCCGGCGGUCAGCCGGGCAUCAAGCAGUCUUUCUUCCAGCAGGCGCCCAUGCCUGCGACCCCUCCACCAGACCCGCGCAGACUGAAGGACCUCCAGACCCGGCAGACAAUGGCCGCCGAGCUCCUGCAAUUCCUCACACACAACAACUUCGAGAUGGAGUCAAAGCAUGUCUUGUCCGCAAAAGCUAUGACAUCCCCCACACAAAAGGACUUCAACAGCAUGUUCCAGUGGCUGUACAACAAGAUCGAUCCGAGCUAUCGCUUCCAGAAAACCAUUGACCAGGAAGUACCGGUUCUGCUCAAGCAGCUGCGCUACCCCUUCGAGAAGUCGAUCAUGAAGUCGCAAAUUGCGGCGGUCGGCGGAAACAACUGGCCGACGUUCCUGGGAUUGCUGCAUUGGAUGAUGCAGCUUGUGGUCCUGUGUCAGAGGUACGAAUCUGGUAGCUAUGACGAUGCUUGCUUUGAAGCCGGCUUCGACGUAUCUGGCGACCGCAUCAUCUUCGAGUUCCUCACAGACGCAUACAGCACAUGGCUAGCAGCAGAUGACGAGGAAGACGAUGAGGAAUCCCAAGCUCGACACAUGGAACCGCACAUCAGGGCGAUGGCGGACAAGUUCGAGGCAACGAAUUCGCAAAACCACGAUCACGUCAAGAUGCUUGAGGCAGAGCACAAGCUUCUCGAGGAGCAGAUUGAGGAGCUCAGCAAAGCGGGCCCGAAAAUCGCAAAGUACGAGGAACAAAACGAGAUCUUGGGCAAGGAUAAGGUGAAGUUUGAGAACUUCAACCAGAACAUGGAACUCAAAGUCAAGAAGUACACCGAUCGCUGCGAGUUUCUGGAAAGAAACAUCGAAGAGCUAGAAGCUGAGCUCGAAGCGUCAGAACGGGAGCAGGCUGACCUCCAAGCCAUUAUCGACGGCCGCGGGAUGACCAUCAACGAUAUUGAUCGCAUGGCUGCCGAGAAGGAUCGCUUAGACCAAGCCCUACAAGGCACUGCCGCGCGUCUGGAGGAAUCGAGGAAGCGCAUUGCAGAGAGAGAAGUGCAUGCCUCGAGGAAGCUUGACGAACUCGAGCAGACAAUCGAGCGCUACAACAACUUAGGCUACCAAAUCGGCGUCAUCCCAUCCACUGCCGUAAACGCAAAGGGCCAGGACUACGAGCUCGUCCUCACCAUCACCGACGUUCCCAACUUCUCAGGCUCCCAGAUGGGCGCCUCCUCCCAAGAACCCUCAGACCGCCUCCUUCAAGACGCAAGCACAGGCUACGCGCCCGCACACCUCCUGAACCUCGACCUCAAGGGCAGCGUGAAAUCCAACAUCCUUACCCUGCGCAAGGAAAUCGCAGAGCGCCGCAACGCCGCUCUCGAAGCCGACAUGAACAACCACGACCUUCUGGACAAGAUCAAGGAAGCCAUGGACGACAAGGUUGCCGAGGUCGAGGCGCUCGGCCACCGUGUUGCACAGGCAGAAGACGAACUCGAGAAACUGCGCGAAAUCACAAAUACCCAGAAGAGCCAGAGCGACGCCCAGAUCGAGCGCCUGGAGAAGGAUCUCGGCCGUAUGCGCAGCGGGCUCGGCGAGAGCGUGCAGCUGAUGGUGCAACGCGAGAUGGCGGUCAACAUUGAAUACGAACAACUUCAGCUCCGCGCCAACUCGCUCCGCGAAGAGUUGCACACGGAGAUCGAGCGCAUGCUAGACGAUAUCGUACGCUUCAAGUUGCACGUCCAGCGCUCGCUCGAAGAGUACGAGCAGUUCAUUGCCGAUGAGGUCGAGCGCAGCUGUGAAGAGCAGGAUCUGCUUGCACAGGCGCCCGAGGACGAGCAGGACGAGGAGAUGGAGGAUGCUGAGUGAAUUCAUUCAGCGCAUUGAUGGGUGGAUUGGAUGUGUUGGAUAUAGCGAGUUCUGACGAUGUUACGACGCGGCGUUGGGUUUGAGCGGCUCUUUCAUG